CGUCCCGCCGUCGAAGGAGGGUGGAAACGAGAAGCAGUGCUCUCACGACCGAGUCAGUGGUUAUGUGUAGGCCAAUUAUGGACUACCCGUGUCCUGAGACUACACCGCCUCUCAACUCAUCAUCGUCCGCUCAACCCCAGGCGAAAAUACUGAGCAGAAACGCCAACGGAACAAUUGUUUGGACUUCGUCGCCUUCCAACGAAGCUGAGCUCCAGCUUUACAGGGUGAUGCAAAGAGCCAGUCUUCUGGCUUACUACGAUACUCUCCUGGAAAUGGGCGGUGACGAUGUCCAACAAUUGUGCGAAGCGGGCGAAGAAGAGUUUCUCGAAAUAAUGGCAUUGGUCGGAAUGGCUUCGAAGCCGCUUCAUGUGAGGAGGCUGCAGAAAGCGUUGCAAGAGUGGCUCACGAAUCCAGGGAUGUUCAGGAGCCCUUUGACCUCCGGCGAGGGUUUUUCGCCGAGGCCGGUCGCACCGACGGUCCUGGCCAUCAGCCCUCAGCCGGCUUCGACACCAGUCCAUCCGAUGCUGCCCAAAGACACGCCGCCGCCUUCUUCAACAAGUCCAGCUUUGGUGGACAGUGGUUGCCCCAGCGGCAGCCCAGGAGGUCCUAGUUCCGGCGGUCCGAGUCCCGGGCCACCCGGGUCACCUCUGCAAGCGCCCCCGGUACUCCUGGAGCCCCAGGUAGCUAAGCUGGCCGAGGCCGCCCAGCACCUCGUCAACACCCUCCCUCAGCUCGAGCCUAAAUCGAUCACCACCAAAAAGAAAAUGAACAAGGAUCUCGAGCAAGUCCUAUCGAUGCCGGAAGACGAUCCUAGAAGGAUGGAAUUAAUAAGGAAGUUCGCCGCCAUUUACGGAAGAUUCGACUGCAAAAGGAAGCCCGAGAAACCUUUGACACUGCACGAAGUUUCAGUAAAUGAGGCGGCGGCUCAGAUUUGCAGGUUCAUGCCGGCUCUUCUUACUAGAAGGAACGAGCUAUUUCCCUUAGCAAGGCAAGUUGUGCGGGACUCAGGAUACCACUAUUCCAAAGGCCAUUCAAAAUCAUACUCAAGAGGCUCGAUAUACAAUAAUGGUGAUCAGCCAGUUUCAAAACGCCCUAGGAAUGACAAUUACUCCUCUGAAAACGAUGAAACAAUCCAAAAGCGACAAGAGAGGCUAGACCAAAUAGCUGAAGAACUACAGAACGUGAAUGAUAGGACUGAAGGCCUGCUUGGAACCAACGGCAAAGCGGACGAUGGUGUGCAGAAACAGGUCGACGCUCUGUUAGCGAGGCAACAGCAGCUCUUGCACGAGCAGACACAGCUUGUAAACCAGUCGCUACAGCCCAACAGGUUGUACAAGCAGAACAGUAGUGGUAAAAUCGUAUUUGCUGACCAUGAUAGAUUUGACACUGACGACACCGAUUCCCAAUUGUCAUUCAGCAAUGACAGCUCACCACUCCCGGAAAUCGGUGACUCCAGGGAUUCGAUGAGUAGAGAGUGCGAUCCCACUGAGAUCAGCCACUUUAAAGGAAGUCAGGUAGACACAGAUGAUGAACACAAUGUGAAAGAGCUCAACAGCAAAGUCGGUAAGGAGAAGGCCGACACAUUUGACAAUUCAUUUUUCCACGAGAACAAAGUGAAGGUUAUCGCAUCGAGCGGAGGGAAUAUUAUUGCCGUUGCUAAUCCUGCUCUUUCCAUGUCACCGGCGAUCUCGCUUGACAACGGAAGGUCACUUCUGAAAAAAGAACAGCUUUCCAUCAUCGACCCCAAAGUAGUUUAAACAAUCGGCUUAUUAUUUAUAACUGUACUAUAUGUAAAUAAUGUAAUUUAUGUAUAAAUUAUUUCAAUUGUUAUGCCAAAG